GAAUAACUCCACGAAAGCAUAAUCCUCAUUGCUCCGGAUUGACACUUAGACUCAAAGAGUGCAUAGUUUAGGGUUUCGGCUGGGUAUUUGUCUCACUUUUCCCAAACCUUAGUUUUCUUUUCCCUUGUUUACAGUUCGUCGAUAUCUGUCUCAUAAACAACCUCCGUCCUCUCUCAACAACAUACAACCUCUACCUGUCUCGAUCAACCUCCAACUGCACAUUUACAUACGUCCACGUUAAUAUGUCACUUCCGUCCACAAAACCCGCCCAAACCUCUAUCCGAUCCUUCUUCUCGGCAAAAACACCCAAAUAUGCGCCUCCGCCUUCUCAGGGAGCUCUCAUAGAACUCUCAGGGCCUCCCCCGCCGCCUGCUGCUACUGCCCCUCCACCAACCUCGAAGACGCCAGACUCCACGAUAGCCUCGUUCCAGAUCCCGCCUCUACCGACAUCUCUCCCUCAAGAAGUUACGAUCCGGCUGGUCUCGAACGACGAUAUCAACGCUCUACGUCGCAUCAACGCCCUCCUUCUUCCCGUUAGCUACCCCGACAGCUUCUAUCAACGUGCAGUUGAUCCGACAUCUGGUCGCUUUUCCCGAGUAAUCACCUGGGCUCACAAUGGUUCUGAAGCCAAGGUCGUCGGCGGUGUCGUUUGCCGCGUUGAACCCAUCCUCGAUUCCAACAGUCAGGGAGUCAUGCCCCAGAAUCUAUACAUUCAGUCGCUAUGUCUGCUCUCGCCUUAUCGAUCGCUGGGUCUCGUGAACGCUGCAGUGGACAAUAUCAUUGCAGGUGCUGUAUCGGACCCCAACUUGAAUGUGACAACUGUCACGGCCCAUGUUUGGACUGAGAAUGAGGAGGGUCUGAAAUGGUAUGAAGGUCGUGGCUUCAAGCGCGAGAACCAACCUAUUGAGGGCUACUAUCUCAAGCUGCGUCCCAAUUCCGCUUGGCUAGUCAGCCGUCCCACUGGCGCUUCUGUCCGGAACUUGCUACCUUCUUCCUCUUCUGCGCCUCAACAUAGUGUGCUUGCGAGCGCAACUGCUGACAUUGCCAACCUGGACGCAGCGUCAGGUCCUCCCAAAAAUAGCACCUCAAGACCUCCCAUGCCUCAGUCUGGGAAAUCCUAUCAAAAUCAACGACCUGAGACGGAGUGGAAUGAUCUCCCUGAGGAUAUGGCAAACAGCCGUCUCGCACCACCGCCCCGGGUAGGAAGUACUGGCUCCGGUGCAAGCUCUAGAAGUAGCUCUGCGGCGCGAAAGAAGAAGGAUAGGUCUUAUCCUGCGGCUGCUUUUGGGAAUUGAGGCAUGGACGAGAAAGAUGUGAUUGAUAUAAGCUGCUACUAAAGAAGAAUGGAUUGCUUCACGAUGGUAUACGAUUUCAACGGUUCGGAUGGGCUAGACGCGCUUCAGAAAAAGACACAAUAUUAGACUUACCAUAAUAAUAACCCAAU